AUGACCUUGGCCAAUGCCAAGUCCUGGCCCAGAGGGACCCAUGCAGCUCAGUGUGGAGAUGGAGAGCCAAUGCAGCAGGUGCUGGAUAACCUCAAAGGGAGCUGCCACCCUUCAACAGGAGCCAAAGACAUCGACCUCAUCUUCCUCCGUGGCAUUAUGGAGAGUCCCAUAGUUCGCUGCUCCUUCGCUAAGGCGGUGCAAAGUAAUAACGUGGAGCUAGUGAGUGAGAUCCUGUCUGAUAUGAGCAGUCUGAUCACUCGUGAUGAAAGUGCAGCAGAACUCUGUAAGAUCCUGAAGGAACCCAACUUCCAGUCCCUGUUAGAAGCUCACGACAAGGUGGCCUCUAAGUCAUAUGAAGCUCCUCCCACCAGCACCAAUUCCACCAGCAUGACCAGCUCAUCCCUCAUGCCGGCUGACACGGUUCGCAUGAUCAGCAUCCAGAAGAAGGACGGAGAGCCUCUGGGUGUAACAUUCCGGGUGGAGGACGGUGACCUUGUCAUCGCGCGCGUUUUGCAUGGCAGCAUGAUUGACAGACAGGGGAUGCUGCACGCAGGUGAUGUCAUCCGAGAGGUGAACGGCCGAGAGGUGGGCAAAGACCCCAUGGCUUUACAGGACAUGCUAAGGGACUGCAAUGGAAGCAUCACACUCAAAAUCCUGCCCAGCUACAGGGACACGCCUCCACCCGUACAGGUCAGCACACCACCGAUUCACAGCAAACCCAGUGAGAUUAAAUGAUUUAAUUUUUGCAUU